AUGCGACGUCGUUGUGCCGCAAAUUCAUCCUCUUCUCUGGCAUAUUCCAGUUGCUGGCUUGGCGGCAAGGCGACUGUUGAAGUGCAACUCGGCGACACGGUGGCUGACGAUAAUCGAGGUGAGUCCUGGGAUGAUGUUGAGGCAAAUGAAUUAACGGGUUUCGCGCGCAGAGACUCGAGGCAGGAAGCGGAUCGGGUGAGUACACUGAAUAGCUACGUGAUUUAG